UCCACCCUAAACUUCAUUUGCGUCGAAGCUUCCGAAGCUUUGUUGCGGUUUGGUGUGUCUUUUAUUUUUACGUAGAACUCAUAUCGAUCCGAUAUGCCGCGUCCGAGAAUGGAUUUUGUGACUAAUAAGUGGCGAGGCACCACGCGAGCAAGAAUGAACAGCCCUGGAGGUUAUGGGCACUGCUCAAUUGGCUCAUUCCUCGGUGCUUCUCGAAGAAAUUAUCCCGAAUUUGGUGUCCCCAAACUUGGAAGGCCUGGUCAAGGAGGAGUUGCUCAGUGAACUACUAGUUUGAGUUCCCUGAGACGGACACCACUGACAUCACCUACAGUGCCGAGGUACAGGCUUAAUGGCAGAUAUCAAUAGGAGAUGAUGGUACGCGUCACGUCUGUUUGAUUGGACAGCCACCAAGUUGACUUGGAUGUCAGCGCCUGUUGUCAUCAGAACCUGGUUCUUGUGCUGCCACAUCAUUUUUGGUGGUGGCGCUGUCGUCACCUCCCAACGCUUGCGCUCCCCGAGUUCCCAUUCAAGAUGGUGCUGCCACGGACUUUGGCUCGUGGGGGUGCCGUCGCUACUGACAAAGCCUGUGCUCCCCGUCGUCCCUGUUGAAAUGGUGGCUGGAACUUGGAGAGGGUUUGCUGCCACAGCCGGAUCCAGUGUUACAUUCCUGUGGCUUUUUGGUUGUUUCCCAAUUAUUGAAGGGAGUUGCAGGCUUAUCAUGGGCGACACAGUGCUUUGCUCGCACCUUCACGGAGUACAGCAAUGUGGGGAAGCAAGUCGAGGACAGCCUCUCUCGAUUUCUGUCCCGGGGGCGCUAUGCUCUUCCAGGACCAAGCAAGAAACACAGUGCAGAGAGGCAAGGAGGUAAAAUAAAGGGAGUAAAACAAAAGGAACAG